AAUGGUAAAGUUUGUAAUCAGUAUUAUAUGAUGUAAUGCAAAUGGAAGUUUUUCUUUUUUGUCUUUUGAAGGGGAAUAUAAUUUCAUUACUACUUCCAAGUUCCAAGGGCUUGAUUGGCGCCUAAGCAACAAGCCCUUUAUUUUACUGAUGAUCAAAAGAAGCCUUUCAUCAAUUUCCUCUUCUUUUCAAAUUGCAAACGCAACUAUGAUUUCUCUUCAAUUUCGCUGCAUAUCGAAGUAUCUAGCUUGCUAUUUUACAAUAUGUGAUUAAACGCCUGUUUGGAUUGAGUAAAUGUCUUAGAAGGCUACUUUUCUUUUUCCAUUCAAAACGCCUUUUUUAAACACUUGGAAAGUUCAUCCAAAUAAGCCCUAAAUGUAUUAAACCACACAGACAUUCAUGAAUGAUGUACAAAACAGUAAGGAUUAAAAGUUAUGCAUACAAUUCACUUAUAUCAAUGAAGAUUUGUGAAAGUUUAUAUAAUAAUCUUCAUAUUGAACCAUACGUCAUAGUGAGAAAAAUGGGGCUUUUAUGGUUUCUGUGGUCUAUAUUGCUCGGAGAAUAAGCAAAGAUAUUUCCUAUUUGCGUGGUAGAGUCUGAUUCAGCAACAAAGAUAGUAGCCAAGUUGGAUAAGUACUUUCUGCUAAAGUUGUAUAUGAAGUCAUUAGGUGCGGUGCUCAAAUAGAACAAGCCUGCCCUAACUUCCACUAUUGGACUGCAUACUGAUGGAAAGGCAUGCGGUGGCAACUCAUUAUUGGAAACGAGUAAAGAAUGCUCCUUGUGUCCUCACAGCUUGAUUAUAGGUUUUAUGAUGCCUCUUGUCCCAACCUAACAAGGAUUAUCAGAUAUGGCGUCUGGAUGGCAGUUUCUAAUGAUACUAGGAUGGCUGCAUCUCUCUUACGGCUUCAUUUUCAUGAUUGCUUCGUCAACGGUUGUGAUGGAUCAUUGUUGCUUGAUGACACUAGCACAUUUAAGGGGGAGAAAAAUGCAUUGCCGAAUAUGAACUCAGUUCGAGGCUAUGAGGUCAUUGAUAAUAUAAAGGCUGUUUUAGAGAGAGUCUGCCCAUCUGUUGUCUCAUGUACUGAUAUAGUAACUCUAGCAGCUAGAGAGGCUGUCUACCUUGCUGGGGGACCAUUUUGGCAAAUUCCACUUGGUCGCCGAGAUGGCACAACAGCAAGCGAGAGUGAAGCCAAUCAGCUGCCAUCACCAGUGGAGCCAUUGGAGAAUAUCAUUGCGAAAUUCACUUCGAAAGGCCUUGAUCUGAAGGAUGUUGUUGUUCUCUCAGGUGCACACACUUUCGGAUUUGCUCGGUGUAUGAUGUUCAAGCAUAGGCUAUUCAACUUUGAUGGUGCUGGAAAUCCCGAUCCAGAACUUGACGUCAUGCUGCGACAGAACUUACAGAGCAACUGUCCAAAUCAAGAAGACUCCAACAACAAAUUUGCCCCCUUGGAUGCCUACACGAUCAACCGGUUCGACAAUGUGUAUUACAGAAACUUGGUGAACAAGUUGGGACUCCUGCAGUCAGACCAAGCUCUCAUGAAAGACAAUACAACUGCUCCUUUUGUGGUUAACUACAGCCGGUACCCAUAUCUGUUUUACAGGGACUUUGGAGCAUCAAUGGUGAAGCUGGCAAAUACUGGGAUCCUUACAGGCCAAAAUGGAGAGAUUAGGAAGAAUUGCAGGGUGGUGAACUAGAAGAUGAUAUAUUCCUUUGUAAAUUUAACCAACUCAAACUCUCUUUUGAUAAUAAAUUGGCUGUUGGCUUCUAUUAUUGUUGA